AUGCGCGUUAUUGUAACAGGUGCCUCUGGUUUACUAGGUCGCGCUGUAUAUAAAACAUUUCGUGAAGCUGGCCAUGAAGAUAAAUUGGAAUCUCUGAUUCAAGAAUUAAAACCUGACGUGAUAAUCAAUACUGCUGCCGAGCGAAGACCUGACGUUGCAGAAAAAAAUCGUGAAGCAACUUUUGAACUCAAUGUCAACGUUCCAGCUCACAUUGCCUCAUUGUCCAAGGUCUACAAUGUUUUACUCGUGCAUAUUUCCACUGAUUAUGUAUUUGAUGGAAAAAAUCCUCCUUAUGAUGUGAAUGAUAAGCCAAAUCCAUUGAAUUUUUAUGGUAAUUCCUUUAAAACUAUCUUAAUCUUAUUUUCCCUCACAAUAACUAUGAAUAAUCAUUCUACAUCAGGAGAAACCAAAUACAAAAGUGAACUUGCUAUACGAAGCGCAAAUCAACAAGCAGUGAUUUUACGUGUGCCAAUUUUGUACGGUGAGGUAGAAUUUCCGGGGGAAUCUGCUGUCAAUAUUUUGGUGGAUUCUGUUAAGAAUUCAUCAAAAAAUGUUGAGAUGGAUCACUAUGCAAUUAGAUAUCCUACUAAUGUUCAGGAUGUAGCAAGGGUUAUUAAGGAUAUCUCUGAAAAACAUGUUGAUCAGCAUAUUCCAAUUUCUGGAAUUUUACAUUUUAGUGGUAAUGAAAACUUUACAAAGUAUAAAAUGUGUGAAAUUUUUUCAAAAGUUUUACAAGUUCCAAUUAAUCAUAUUAAACCAAUAGAUCAUAUACCUGCAGCUGCAGCUG